AUGUCCUCAACCAGUAUCACCAAGCUUGACGGACUAUUAGCAUGGCUCGAGGACAACGCGUUCUGGAACUCCGACUUGGUUGAAGUGGGAAAGUCUCUGAUAGGAGGGACAGGAGUGUUCUGGAAGUUGAAGGAUCAGCCUGAUCCAAUCGUCCAUAUUAUCCCCAAGAACUCAUUUCUUUGCAAUCUUCUCACGGACUAUGAACCCGCAGAUGCAACUAUAGAUUUGACUCUGGGUAUGCAUGCCAUAGUGUUGACCUUUUUGUAUGAACAUGCAUUGGGUGAGAGGUCGCCAUGGUUCCACUACCUUGAUACAUUUGAAAUGGACGAGGGAGACGAUUAUCUCCCAUUGUGCUUAUGGGAUAAAGAGAGCAAAGAGGCCUUGUUCAAUUCAGAAUGUGAUAUGUUGAACAUGCUCGAUUCCUCAGAGCUCAUUCUGUUUUACCUAGAGUGUGUCAACUUUGCAAAGACCAACAGCUCUGUUGUGGCGAUCCCAUCCACCUUACAGAUUGAAGGCCAAGAAGUGAAUGAGAAUACUGCUGAACUUCGCUACUUUGCUAAAUGCGUCCAAGCUGUUAUUUCCAGAGCUUUCACCGUGGAUAAGUUCCAUGGACUUUCGCUAGUUCCCGGCGCAGACCUUUUCAACCACAUGCUGCCCGUAAAAGAAGAAGAUUCGGUUGUUCCUAGAGAAAAUGUGCAUUUUCUUUGCGAUGAUGACGAGGACUUGUGUGAUCGCUGUGGAGAAGUUGGCUGUGGCCACGAGGAGAGUGAUGACGAGGAUAUUAAUGAGCUCGAGGAGGAGGAUGCAGAGUUUGACAGCGAUGGUAACAUUGUUAAAGACGACAACGACGCUGACAUGCAUCCUAAUGACGUUUCUGACUUGAUGGAGGAUAUACCACUCUCAUCGGACUCCGAGUCAGAGGAGGAGUCUAUGAGUGAAACUGAGAGCAUCGAGGAGGAAGAAGAGGAGAAGGAACCUGAGGAGAUCCAGACCCUUCUGAUGGAAGAUAUAGACAGACUAGAAAACUCCGACGCAGACACAGAUCAAGAGGAGGAGGAGGUAUCAACACUUUCACUCAGUGAAGACGAAGAUGAGGACAACGCAAAUACAGCAAAAACGCUGCCAGGAAUUGAAAAUAACGAUUCCAAGGUGGAAUUGGCGAAAGAGCUUUCCGAAAGCUCAAAGUGCUGCGAUAUUGUCCUUACUGCACUUCCAUCUGAAGAACACAAUUUUGAGCUUUUCAACACCUAUGGCAACGAGCUAAGCAAUCCUUUCCUUCUUCAGCGCUACGGCUUCAUCAGCAAGGGAAACCCAAAUACAAGCUGCCUUUUGUCGGUGCAAAUGUUUGCCUACUUGAAAAAGCUGAAGGCCAACAAGCGGAUCAAGGCGCAGAUGGACAUGAAGCUUGACUGGUAUGAAAAUGGUGGAUUUGAUAUGGUGAAUGAUCUCUGUGGAGACUGCCAAAAUGAUGACUGUAAUGACUGCAACGAACAGGGUAAGUGUAACGACGAGCACUGCGAGGAUUCAGCCUGCAAAGAAAGUGGAGGUGACUGUGAAGACAGCUGCUGUGGAGAUAAUAACGGAAAGAAAAGCUGUGAAUUACAGGAACCUCCAGAAUCAUGGCAACUUCUGCCCAAGAUCGACCGCUCAGGAUGCCCUACCAAGCAAACCACGGCACUUUUGCAUCUUUUCACCAUGCCUUUCAAAAUAUUCUACCACAAGCUUGGCCAGGCUCCAAGUGAGCGAAGCAUGGCUAGACGAAUCACAAAAUAUUUGUUGGAACCCGAACUCUCUAAGACAGAAAAGACCAUACUCAAAGGAUGGGUGGAGGGUCGGUUGCAACGGUACCGGGCAACCGAGGCAUCGGGACCCCGUGCCGAGACCAUCGCAUACAUGGUGAGCGAAGAGAAAACACUCUUGAACAAAGCUCUCCAAUCAUUAGAUUAA